AUGCGCGAAUUUCCUGUAGUGGCCCUAACACUUGGGGAGCUUACACCACUUCGAGAGUUGGAUCAGCUAGUUUCUGAGGGUGAUUCAGUUUUCGAAGUUUCAUCUGGAGCAAGUACUUCCGAGAAGACUCAAUCACAGAAAAUGCCUAUUCAGCCUUCCUUCCGUUCCAAGGGCUCUGCUCCUGCUAAAGGUGUUAGCUCUUCGGAGCUUAAAGUUCAGGAAGUUGGCCUUCCCUCCGAGGUCCCGAUGACUGAAGCUAAUCCUCAAAUGGCGAGGGAUCCUCCAGAAUUUGAGCCCCCGAGGAACAAGAGGGCUCAGUUCAAAUUUGAAGAUGCCGUUAACAAUGCCCCCAGUGCUGAGGAAUUAGCUCAGGCUGAGGUAAAGAGGCUUGGCUCAAAAUGCGAUGCUCAGCAAGGGACAAUCGAAAGCCAGGGAACUAAGAAGAAGUCUCGGAAGACUAAGGAGGGGACAGGGGCGUCCGGGGCAGGAGAUGCCUCAGUGCCCAAUCCGCAAGUGUUGCUGUCAGUUCCACCUACUGGUCAGACCAGUGAGGCUAUCCUGACUGAAACUCAAGUGAAUCAGACUGAGGUUCAGCUGGGUGGAGAGAACAGGCAGAUGGACGAGACCGGGCAACCACUGAAUGCGGCUGGAAGUCAGCUAGGAGCAGGAAGUGGGCAGCAAAGGAAUGAACAAGAAGGAGAAGCUGAGUCCUCAGAGACUGUUGUGAAUUCUUCUAUGGGUCAAACUACUCAAGCGCCAAUGGUAGCUCCUGGUGUUGGUGUGACUGGUGGAUAUGUGGCGCCUCUUGCUGAGGUGAUUGAGUUAGAUCCACCAGUUGUGACAACCAAGAAGGUUGAUUACCUAAAGGUGCUUGAGCACAUCACCCGUUUGGGAACCAAACACUUUGCUGGAAGUGCUGAUCCCAUGGAGGCAGAUGAGUGGAGGGACCGGCUAGCUAGGAACUUCAGGUCUACAAGGUGCCCUGAGGAGUACCAGAGAGACAUUGCAGUGCACUUCCUGGAGGGAGAUGCACACAACUGGUGGCUGUCCCUAGACAAGCGCACCAAUGGUUCCAUUGUGAAGUUCUCUGACUUUGAGGUUGAGUUCAACCACAAGUACUUCCCAGCUGAAGCAUGGGACCGUUUGGAGGCUAAGUUCCUGGACUUGGUUCAGGGCAAGCGGUCAGUAAGGGAGUAUGAGGAAGAGUUCAACCGGCUCAGGAGGUAUGUGGGUAAGGAACUUGAGGAUGAGAAGGUUCAGGUCCGCAGGUUCAUAAGGGGCUUGAGGCCUGAGUUAUGUAUUGGUGGUGUGGAAACACAUGUAUUAUUUGAUACUGGAGCUACACAUAGUUUUGUGAGUCCAGAUAUGAUUGGAAAAGGUAUGUUCCAAAUGGGAACUAGGGAUGAUCUUGGCUUGGUGAGUGCAGCCGGUGGGCAAAUGAUGCACCCACUAGGUCUAGUCAAAGACAUCCCAGUAAUGAUCCAUAGUAAGGCAAUGCCGGUGGAUCUGAUUGUGGUCCGCCUUAAGAAUCACGAGGUGAUCCUAGGUAUGGACUGGCUUGGCAAGAAUCGGGCCACCUUAGACUGUCAUCGAGGAAGGGUGCAGUUUGAGAGUGGGUGUGGACCCCCGAUCAGGUACCAAGGUAUUAAUCCGGCCUCUGGAUGCUUAGUGUUAUCAGCAGUCCGUGCGGCAAGGAUGCUGGAACAAGGUUGUGAGGCUUAUAUAGCCACAAUCACCACUAAGGAGGUCGUAGGGGAUGGUGGCCCGGACGGGAUACCGCUGGUCAGUGAGUUUGAUGAUGUGUUUAGGUCACUACAGGGCAUUCCCCCUGAUAGGUCAGACCCAUUCAUAAUAGAACUGGAACCAGGGACGGCCCCAAUGUCAAAGAGCCCAUACCGCAUGGCUCCAGCUGAGAUGGCUGAGCUAAAGAAACAACUUGAAGAGUUGUUGGAAAAGGGGUUCAUACGCCCAAAAGAUGUGAGGAAGACAGCCUUUCGGACUAGGUAUGGCCACUAUGAGUUUGUGGUUAUGCCAUUCGGAUUGACUAAUGCACCAGCAGCCUUUAUGAAGAUGAUGAAUGGAAUCUUCAGAGAGUACUUAGAUGAAUUUGUAAUCAUCUUCAUUGAUGAUAUACUGGUAUACUCUAAGACUCGAGAAGACCAUGAGAGGCAUCUCAGAUUGGUGUUGGAGAAGCUAAGAGAGCAACAAUUGUUUGCCAAGCUAAGCAAGUGUAGCUUCUGGCAAAAGAGCAUUGGGUUCCUAGGACACAUAGUGUCUGAGGAGGGAGUAUCAGUUGAUCCGGAGAAGAUCAAAUGUAUACAAGAAUGGCCAAGACCAAAGAAUGCCACUGAAGUAAGAAGCUUCUUGGGUUUGGCCGGAUACUACAGGAAGUAUGUCAAAGGGUUUGCAAGUGUGGCACAACCUAUGACACAACUUACUGGAAAGGAUGUCAAAUUCAUCUGGUCAGAAGCUUGUGAAAAGAGCUUUGAGGCCUUGAAGAACAUGCUGACCAGUGCACCAGUUUUGGUGUUACCUGAGGAAGAUCAACCAUAUGUGGUGUACACGGAUGCAUCCAUUACUGGAUUAGGCUGUGUGCUCACACAGAAUGGGAAGGUCAUAGCAUAUGCCUCAAGGCAACUCAGGAAGCAUGAGGGCAACUACCCAACACACGACCUGGAGAUGGCCGCGGUGGUGUUUGCCUUGAAGAUAUGGAGAUCAUACUUGUAUGGUGCCAAAGUACAAAUUCUCACAGACCACAAGAGCCUGAAGUACAUCUUCACUCAACCUGAGUUGAAUUUGAGACAAAGGAGGUGGAUGGAGUUUGUGGCCGACUAUGAUUUGGACAUUGCCUAUCACCCAGGCAAGGCCAAUCUAGCCCUAGGGACAAGAGUGAACAUGAGCACAUCCUAUCAUCCUCAAACGGAUGGUCAGUCCGAAAGG